AUGGAAGCCACGCCCACCGAACCGCCGGCCGAGCGCCCAGCGAGAGACGAAACUUCUCCGGCAGAAAAGCGAGUCCCGACGGUGUCUACCCUGGUCCGGCACGUGAGGAGGCUGCCGCAGUACGUGCGAGACUACCGGGUUAUCCGCACCACUGCGCUCUUCUUCGCCUGGUUCUGUAUGGGUCUGUACGUGCGUAUUGUGGGUCCGACCAUGAUAGAUCUGAAGGACCGUCUCGGAGUCGACUACGAGGAGAUCUCACGAGUUCUCGUGUCUCACACCGUCGGGUACUUCCUGUCCACGGUGUCCGGCGGCAUCUUCCUGGACUUCCAGCCGAAGUACUCGUGGGUAAUCCUGGGGUUCGCGUUCAUGGCUGCCGGUCUGGGCACGGCGGGGACGCCCUUCACCACAACCCUGUGGGGCCUGGGCUUCCUGCAACACUUAGCGGGAUGGGGACACGGCUUCACGGACGCUGCCGGCUCGGUGGUCUGCGUGCGGCUGUGGGGAGAGAAGGCGUCAGCCCCCAUGCACGCGAUGCACUCUGGGUACCCGAUCGGUGCCUUCAUCAUCCCUCUCAUCGCCAUCCCCUUCCUGUCGCCGGACCGCCCCCCAGCGGACGCCAAUGGUACUACACCCGCUCCUCCGACUGUGGAAGAAGCCUGGCUGCUGUCCAGUGUGCAAUGGCCGUACGUUGGCGUGUCGGUUCUUCAGUUUAUCAUCGGCUUCGUGUUUUUCUACUUCCAGUACCGCGAACUGGCCACCUACUACGAUCGAAAGCAGCCUGAAAAAUCUCCCAAAUCCUUUUCCGCCUUUGUGUCUCCGAGUCGCUUUCUCGAGGGACAGGGCCGUAAGGCUGUCUUCCUUCUGGUUUGUCUCUUCCUCUUUUACACCAUGUUCCAGUUUAACCAGAACCCGUUCACGCAGUACAUGGUGUCCUACAUGGUGGAGACGGGCAUGUACACUAAACCUGAAGCCAGCGUGGUCUACUCCACCUUCUGGAUCUGUUACGCUUCGAUGCGGUGGCUGUCUAUUGCCAUAGCCGCCUGGGUGCCCAUUCACGUUAUGUUAAGUGUUGAAAUCACAGGCCUAUGCAUCUCUGGGGUGGUUCUAGCGGCUUGGGGAGCGACAGACAAGACGGUGUUCUGGGCUUUUACCUGUAUCCUGGGUCUCUUCUCUUCUUCGGUGUUUCCCGGUGGCACGGCCUGGGCAAACCGCUACCUGGACGCCUCUUCAGUCGUCUUCGCCAUCUGUGUCGUAGGGGCGUCGGUGGGAAGCACGGCAGCGAACUACGUCACAGGUUACCUGUUUGAGUACGUCGGUCCUCGCGCCAUGCUGUACUUCUUCAUGUCCUGCGGCUGCGCAUUGCUGGUCGUGUUUGCCGUGAUGCAGGUUUCGGUUUCUCCUCUCUUUGCGGGGCCUGGCCCGUCGGCAAGGGGGGAAACUUUGGAGAUGGGAGAUCGGCAGGAUGACAAGGACGCCAAGAAAGAUAAUGAACGUUCAACUUCAAAUAUUUAGUCAGCAAAAAAUACUGUCAAAUUCGUGCACACCUACUACUGCUAGCUACUACUACCUUUGCAUGAAAACCAACUGACUUUUUUAGAUGUAGUUGAGAGACGGUGUUUGUUAACUAGUAUUAAAAUGUCGCCUGGGCCAGCUAAAAAUGAUUGUAGCUACUUGGAUAAGUCGUUCGAAUGAAUCACAAAGGACGAAGUUAGAAGCAUAUGCAAUCUCUUUAAUCACACAUUUCGACUAGAUUGACGUUUACCGUUAGGCACGUACUCAACACUGUUCACAGCUUUACAGUUCUCUGCAGUGAAUGUCGACAUGGUUAAAAUGUGAUGCUAAAGGAGUGACUAAACAGACCAUACAUAAUGAAGAUCACAUUGUUCUCCAACUCAAGACACGAAGAUAUUAUCUAAACUCCCCAGAAAUUAUCGACCGAAUCACUCAGUCUUUAUCAAAAUUGAGUGAUUCGGUCGAAUAUUUCUGGUGAAUUAUUUUCGUGUCUUGGGGUGGAGAACAGUUUGAUUUUCAUUAUGUAUUUUACCAACUCAGAUGCAAACUGACUUUUCAUUCAUCUCCCAAGCACGUAGCUGUUCCUUGUCAUUUUGCUAUGUAGCGUUACACCUUGCAAAGAAAAAAAAAGGACUACAACAUCACAGUUACGUAACUGCCUUGCAGGAAAUAACCUUACAGUAAAUAUUCAUUCUUAUAGCGUUUUCUUAGACAUAUUUUCUGAAGAAAACAUUCGGCUCAGAAGGACGAACAAGAAAUGGCAUUUUGGUAAGAAACUUUUUUGGUUGGAAACUUUGAAUUUUAUCACUCAGCAAUUGUAGAUAAAUACAACUUCUACUUCUGGGUAACUGUGGUUACCGAUACAACAUUAGUUCUCAGUGACUAAUGUAUUCCACAGAAGACUAUGUAGUUUAUAAGUGUACAGAGGCUACAUACUUGUACAGUCUUAUAAGGAAUGUAUUACUACAACAUUAUUACAGUUCUGUAUCUGUAUCUGUAUC